AUGGCUGCAAUCACAAAGCCCAAGCCAGAGAGCAUUGCCAACUUGAGCGAUGAGGAACUGGGUCUCAUGGAGAAGAAGAUGGUCCGCAAGGUUGACAUGGUGACGACGCUGACAAUUGGCAAUGCAGGCCAAUCAUCGGCAUUCUAUGUUGAUCGUUCAGGGUUGGCUGCCACCCACGUCUACGGCAUCACCGACGACCUCAAAAUGUCCGAGACUGAUUUUGCUACCGCCAUCUCGAUUCUCUUCGUCAGUUACAUUCCUAUGCAGUUCCCGAGUAAUAUUCUGGUCUCGCGAAUCCCUCGCCCAGGUCUCUACAUUUGUUUGAUGGCAAUCAUCUGGGGCGCCGUCUCAGCCUGUACCGCCGCCGUCAAAACGAAAGAACAGCUGUAUGCCGUACGAGUUGUCCUGGGAAUUGCCGAGGCAGCUUACUUCCCCGGGGCUCUCUACUUCCUCUCCGCAUGGUACAAAAAGGACGAACUUGCGAAACGUAUCGGUGGCGUCUUCAUGUUCCAGGCGCUUGGACAGGCUCUCGGCGGCUUCAUUGCCGCGGCCUGCUUGACUCUCGAAGGCAAGCAUGGCAUCGCUGGUUGGCGAUGGCUCUUUAUUGUCGAGGGCGUCGUCACUGUUGGCCUCGGCCUCAUGUUCGCCCUAGUCAUGCCCGAGUUCCCCCACAAUGCGCGCCUACUCACCCCUGACCAGCGCGAUCUGGCCGUCUGGCGGCUCGAGAACGAGCGUGGUGCCACUGAGGUCCACGAAGAGUCUAGUGCCUGGGAUGGCCUCAAAGCUGCCGUCUCAGACAAGAAGCUCUGGCUGAUUGUCUGGUGCGGUGGAAUGGGGCAGGCCAUGGGUUCCGUGUUCAAUUUCUUCCCUUCCAUCAUAGCCUCUCUCGGAUAUCCCAAGUACGAGAGCUUGUUGCUUACCGUGCCGCCUUAUAUUGUUGCCAUGAUUGGAUAUUACAUUUGCUCGUUCUUGUCAGACCGCUACAACAAGAUUUACUUAAUUAUCAUCAUUAAUCUCAUGGCUUCAGCACCAGUGUACAUCCUCGGCAUGAAUGCUCCCAACACAGGGAGUCGCUACUUUGCCAUGUGUUUGAUGCCAGUUGUCUCCGCACCAUCUCACUCGCUGUACCUUCACACGGCCUCCCCAAAAACAACACCCCACACCCUCUUCGCCAAUUCCUCUUAUCUAUUCCUACUACCUAUGGUGCCCUUACUAACCCUUCCCCUUCAACUCGCAGUCGCCCCCCAAGUCAUGUUGUACAAAACCAACGGAUUGCACAUGGCGCGACCAGCCACGAAGCGAGCGUUGGGUAUGGCUUUGAUCAACGGCCUGGGUGGUAUUUCCAACGUAUGGACUUCUUACCUGUGGAAGGGUGGACCUCAAUACUACAUGGCCUUUGGCACUCUUUUGGGCUGCGCCAUGGUCUUUCUCGGAUCUGUUACGGGUUACAAGUUUUGGGUUCGGCGUCUCAACAAGAAGCUCGCUGGGACAUCCGAGCAGCAGGCCGAUGUCAUGCGCAAGCACCACGUUUCCCAGGAGCAAGUCGAUAUGGGCUGGCGUUAUGAAGGUUAUUAG